AUGGCUGCCGGUGAAGUCAGUAGUAGAGACGGUGGCUGGAGGGCCAUGAGAAGCUUUAUCUACCAAGUGCUCACCGGCCGGUGGUUUAUGAUUUUUGCCUCCCUCUUAAUCAUGUCCAUGUCAGGUGCAACUUACAUGUUCGGACUCUACUCCGGCGACAUCAAAUCGUCCCUAGGAUAUGACCAGACAACCUUAAACCUCAUAGGAUUCUUCAAAGACGUCGGCGGAAAUAUAGGAAUCAUGUCUGGCCUUAUCAAUGAAAUUACACCACCUUGGGUUGUUCUUUCAUUUGGUGUAAUCAUGAACUUUUUCGGCUACUUCAUGAUAUGGUUGGCCAUCACUGGCCGGACGGCCAAACCCCAUGUGUGGCAGAUGUGUCUAUAUAUAUGUAUUGGUGCAAAUUCACAAACAUUUUCCAAUACUGGGGCACUGGUUACUUGUGUUAAGAAUUUCCCGGAGAGUCGAGGAAUAGUUAUAGGGCUUCUCAAGGGACUUGUUGGCCUAAGUGGUGCAAUUAUUACACAGUUGUACCAUGCUUUUUAUGGACAUGAUUCUAAACUCUACUUUCCUAGAGUUGCAUAUGCAGGAAGUGCCAGUUUUGUGCUGUUUUUGUUGUUUUCUCAACUGAUUGUUAUCAUCAAAGAAGAAAUCAACGUCUGGAAGAGCAAAAGACAAGAGUCGAAAGAUGCCAUUCAAUUGAAAGUUGUUUCUCAACUGCCAAAUCCGCCACCAGUUGAAGAACUUCAGCCAACAAUUGGCGAUCAAGCUUCCUGGUGGAGCAACCCUUUCAAGCCACCAGAAAGAGGCGAGGAUUACAAUAUAUUGCAAGCGAUUUUCAGCAUAGAUAUGAUAAUUCUAUUUACUGUCACAACAUUUGGGGUUGGGGGUACAUUGACAGCAAUUGAUAAUCUUGGUCAAAUUGGUAAGUCCUUAGGUUAUCCAAGUAAAAGCAUAACCACAUUUGUGUCACUAGUAAGCAUAUGGAAUUAUCUUGGAAGAGUAGCCUCCGGUUUUGCCUCAGAAAUUUUCUUGGAAAAGUACAAAUUCCCACGUCCCCUGAUGCUCACGUUAGUACUUCUCCUCUCUUGCACUGGUCAUCUUCUUAUCGCAUUUGGAGUCCCAAAUUCACUGUAUUUAUCCUCUGUGAUAAUGGGGUUCUGUUUUGGAGCCCAGUGGCCGCUGAUUUUUGCAAUCAUAUCAGAAUUAUUCGGGCUCAAAUACUACUCUACAUUGUACACUCUGGGUGGUGGGGCCAGCCCGCUUGGGGCUUAUAUUUUGAAUGUUAGAAUAACAGGUUAUUUAUAUGACAAAGAGGCUAUGAAGCAAUUGGCAGCUAAAGGACUCGUUAGGAAAGAAGGGCAAGACUUGACAUGCAUCGGCGUGGAGUGUUACAAACUCGCUUUUCUAAUAAUCAUGGCCGCCACACUGGUAGCAUGUGUAAUUUCAGUCAUUUUGGUGCUUAGGACUAGAAAAUUUUAUGGGAGUGAUAUAUACAAGAAGUUUAGAGAGCAAGCUAAUCGACAAGAGUAG